CUCCUCUGUGAGCCGCGAGACAUUGUGGGAAGGCAGAAAGAUGGCGGCGCCCGUGAGGUACACAGUAUCAGGGGUGACGAGAGGCUGGCGGCGGUUCGAGAAAUUUUGGGCAGGUAGCUUGUGUUCUCGCAGCCUCUCUCUUGAGACCGCACCCUUAAACAACAGAUCGCCAUGGCGUUUAUUGGGCUCGUUGUGUCUGCAGCGGCCACCGCUCAUCUCCAAGUCUCUGACCCCACUGCAGAAAGAGAUGGCGGCUUUGCUGCAGCAGAUUGAGUUAGAGAAAAGCCUGUAUUCAGACCAUGAACUUCGUUCUCUGGAUGAAGCCAAGAGACUGGCAAAGAAGAAAGCUGACCUCUACGCUGAUGAAGAACAAGAUGAACAGGACAUAUUGCUUGUACAAGAUUUGGAAGAUUCAUGGGAGCAGGCGUUCCUAAAGUUCAAACCUGGAUCCCGUGUAACAGCUGAUAAAACAAAUGACCGAACCUCACUACACCGGAAGCUAGACAGAAACCUUGUUCUGUUAGUCAGAGAGAAACUUGGAGAUGAGGAUGUUUGGUUGUUACCCCAGACCGAGUGGCAGCCAGGGGAGACCCUCCGAGACACAGCCGAGCGAACACUGGGUGCUCUCUCAGAAAACAACAUGGAAGCCAAGUUCCUAGGAAAUGCACCCUGUGGCCACUACAAGUUCAAGUUCCCCCAGGCCAUGCGGACAGAGAGUAACCUUGGGGCCAAAAUAUUCUUCUUCAAAGCACUACUAUUAAAUGGAGACUUUUCCCAGGCCGGGAAGAAGGGCCAUCAUGUGUGGGUCAGUAAGGAGGAGCUGGGCGACUAUUUGAAACCGAAAUACUUGACCCAGGUUAAGAAAUUUCUUUUGGACCUCUGAUGGACUGAGCUGCCUGUGGACAAGUUGGGCCUCAAGGACUUUUGGAUGAACAGUAAACAAAAUUUGGAGAAUUAAGUGAAUCUGUCCUGUGUUGGUCUCAGCUGAUUUGCCCUGGGGGGGUCAACUGGCUUUUCCCUGUGAAGAGGGAUCUAGGGCGCCUUUCAUUUUUCCCAAACUGAUAAUAGUUGAGUGUUUUUUUGCCUUAUGGUGAAUUAACUGACUUAUUGGGCUCAGGAAGAAAGAACAGAAAGAAAUGAAGUGACAAAGCCUUGAGUUCUGUAAAACUUCCAGAUGCACAAGAAGAACCUUACUAUAUACAGUUUCUUAGCCAUUUCCCAUUUUGUUACUCCUUUCCAUUUGAUAGGAAAAUGUUUUAAUCUAGCUCAGAAAUAGUGCUUUCUUUUUCCUCCUUUUUUCCCUUCAUCCCUCCUUUUCCUUAAAAGCAUUUUAUGUUUAAAAACAAACUAAUCAUGUCAUGUCUGUUUUGAAAUGGUCAUGUGAAGCAAACAAGUUCAGCUUAUCUUCAUUCCACAAAAGGAGGAGUCAUGGCCAGGCCAUGAUGUGGCUUGGAGUCAUGCUAUACUUCAUUUGUGUUAGAGGAGAAAGCUGACCUCUCGCCUCUGAGGUGGGCCUUGUGGCUGUUCAGUUUGUUGCUUAGGUCAUUACUGGUCCCAAGUGCCUGCCACAUAGAGGCAUAAAUAAACAUUUUGCUCUGUGACUGCAAGAGAGUGAGGGAGUCAGAUAUGUCUGUCUGCCCAGACUUGUGGUUCUGGUGAUGAGGCUGCAGAGCUAGAUCCCUAGACUUUCUGGUUUCCUCUCUCCCAGCUUUCUGGGUAAACAGAUGGUCCUCUUGAUGGGAACUUUGUUUUUGCCUCAGAUGCAUCCUUAUGUUCUUGCACAGGGUCAUAGAAAUUGUUUUCUAUAGUGAAAGUGAGAUGCCUCAUUCUGUAUCUGUCUCCUUGCCCGUUAUCUCCUGCGUGUAUUCUCUCCCCCAUUACUGGGGAAGAUAUGUCCCAGUACAGUGUGCUCAUGAAGAGCAGGGGUGGUACCUGGGAGUGAAGCCUGGGCACAGCUAUAGGACUAGGGUACUCUCUGUGUUUUGGAUUAUGUCAUGCAUGUUAUCUGUACUGUAUGAUCUAGGGUCUUAGGUUCCUCUGACCUAAAAGGGCAGGAAUGAAAUGAUUAUUGUCAUAACCAUGCAUGAGAUAGUCAGCUUGCUAACAUUCUUUUUAAUUUUUUAGUAGUGUUGGGGAUCAAACCCAGAGGCUUGUGCCUGUUAGGCAAAUACUCUACCAAUGAGCUACAGCCCCAACCUAUAACAUUGUUUCUUUAGUGGGAUAUAGUGUGUAAAUAGCCCUUCCACUGUGUUCAGCUACCUGGGGAACCCAAUUGGAAAAGGAUGAAACUGGGAAUACAUUUUGCCCACCUUUUGUUUUAAAAAAUUGAUGAGAAGGCUCCAACUUUGACAGUGUGUUUAGUAUUGUUGGAAUUCAUCUCUUCUAGGAGCUGCAUCUCAAAGGUUCCACAUCUCUAGUGGCACAUGCUCAAGCUUUAAAUCUACCAGGGACCAGUUCACAAAGUGGUAGGGAUUUCACUGCAUCAGUGUCCUCAUUGAGCUUAAUUCUGCUCUUUGGGCUCUGGCUACAAAAUUCCACAGGUUUUGAGUGGUCUCUAAACCUCCUUUCUGUUAUUUUUUUUUGGAGUGUGAUUUUAGUCUGCAAGAUAUUCAGCAUUGUAGAAUUGACAGCAUUUGUUGAGUGCCAUCUUGAACCUUCCUCUGGUUGUCAAACGUGAUAAAAAAUUGGGGAAAGUUGGCUGCUAGGGACAAAAUAAGAUGCUUUCUGUGUUUUGGGGGAUGUCUUCAAAGCACAUGGCAUGGUGGAAGAAAUGUGUGGUGGUGUGCAGAUUAGGAGUUGUAGUUUGAGAUGUGUUUGUACAACCUAAAAGGAGAAAUGUUGCACAUGGGUUGUGUGUGUGUGUGUGUGUGUGUGUGUGUGGCAUGUAAAACAGACCACCCAGCUCACCAGAAGGGUCCUGCAGAGGUGUAGGCUUGUUCUUGCCACUGCCUUGCUUAUUCCUUUCCCAAAUGAUUUCCAGUCACUCCUGGUUCCCACCUUUGUUGGAACUGUGGAGAAAAUGCUGCUGCACUUGUUUUUCUGGUAUCUUACCCUCAGAAUGACUUACUGCUGGGCCAUUUCUCCACCUUGUAUGUGCUUCUACACUUACCACUUUACUGGAUUAGUCGAAGCGCCCCACCACCCAACUUCAAAAAGUGUAUAAAAGAGUCAGCUUCUGUCCUAGGCACCAGACUUACAGUCAGAAAAUCGGGAUUAAAUUUGUUGUAUAUACUUUGAAGUUAUAGCAACUAUCAUUAUUGACACUGGUGGAGUGACUCCUUAGGACAUAGAACAGUGUGAGGACCCUUACCUAAAUGUGCAUUUUUAUUUAAACCAGCAGUGCAGGCAUCGUUAUCCCUAUUUUAUUGAUGAGGAAACACACCCAAAGAAGUUAAUUAACUUGCUUAGGGUUACUUGCUAGUAAGAGGAUCAGAAUUCAAACUCAAGGUGAUUUGUGUGCACUGCUAGUUCUUAACCCUGUCUUAACUUUUUCAUCUGUAAAAUGAAGAUGCAACUCUUUUUCAGCUAAUGAGAUAAUUUAUUUGAAGUACUUAGCAUUGUGCAUAGCUUGUUAUAAACACUCAGUAAAUGUUUCCCUCCUUCCAACAGGGGCUCCCAGUUCUGAAUUCAGCUGUAUCAUCUGUAGCUUUUACUGUCCCCAUUUUCACCCUUUCUUUGCUAUGCAUUGUGGCA